GCCUUCCUCUGCUCCGGGAAGUUGGCUCUCCUCCCUCCAGCAGACAUGUCGUGCUACAGCCCGUGCCUGCCCGCUGCCUGCGGCCCAGCCCCGCUUGCCAACAGCUGCAACGAGCCGUGCGUCCUGCGCUGCGCCGACUCCAGCGUUGCCAUCCAGCCCCCGCCAGUGCUGGUGACGCUGCCGGGCCCGAUCCUCAGCUCCUUCCCGCAGAGCACAGCCGUGGGAUCCAGCGCCUCGGCUGCCGUGGGCAGCUCUCUGAGCGCUGCCAGUGUGCCCAUCGCUUCUGGGGGCUCCCUGGGGCUGGGGGGCUCUGGCUGGGGCCGGGGGCUCUGCGGGGCUCUGGGACGUGGCAAUCUCAUCUGCUGAAGCCCGUGCAUUGCCUGCCCGUGCUCCAGCGCCAGCAGCCUCCAGGAGAGCCCUGGAGACAGCCCUGAGGCCUCCUUUCUUCCUCAUGAAACCUCCGCUUUUUCCCUUUUACCCUGUUUUGCUUCAUGCUCCCCAUCAAAUUCCUUAAUCUCCUUCUUCCUCCCAUAUUAACACUUCCAAGUGAUACCUGUUCACCAGAGCAGUGACUGGGAGUAGAAAAAUGAGCUUCCCUGGUGUGGAGGUUCCUUUUAAGAUUACAGCACUUCUCUGAGCUUUA